AUGGGAAACACGUCCUCGCAGGUCCAGGACGAAGCGCCUGACGCCUCGCAGCGAUCGGGUCCGCUGGAUCCUUCCACAAACAGAAACGAAGACGACGCCGCUGCCUCGUCUCAGCUAGUUUCUGAGGUUCACACUGCCGCCGUUCCCACAUUCGAGAAGGAGGGCAAAGAAAAGAAAAGCAAGAAAAACAAGAAACGAAAGAGCCUAGAAGCGACAUCGGACGCCCACACCGACGAGCAAGGAACUUCCGCCCCGCAGGCCGACGAAGAUGCUCCCGGAGCGGGCAAUGCUGCGGCAGCAGAUCCGAAGGAGAGCAGCAGUGCUGUUCAGAAUGCCAAAUCCCAAGCAGACGAGCAGCCGCCUAGAGAAUCUCGGAGGAAGAGGAAGGACAAGAACGCCGUACCCGCCGACGCCCCCGCAACCACCGACGACACCGUAGAAUCGACCAAAGCGGAGCCUGCUGAAGGGGACAAGGCGGCGCACAAGAAACGCAAGAGGAGAUCGGAGGGCACUGCGUCUCACGCCACGACGGACACGCCCCAACCCGCAGCAGCUGCUCAAGCAGAUCCCACGCCCGCUGAAGAUGGCCAAAGCGCCGAGGACCUCUCUCGCAAGAAGCAGAAGAAGUCAACUCGAUCUGCAGCCGCGCCGGCUCAGGUCAAGAACACACCUAUUCCCAUCCCAACAUUCAACCCCCCGGUGACCAGACAGCAGGAGAGCAUCCCUAUCAGGAAGAGCAAGAGGAAGGCAGACGCCGCCGAAGCAGCCAAGAAUGUGCGGGCGGAAAAAUCUCCUGUUCAGGCUGCGCCUGUCAAGGAUAAACGCUCCAACACCGCCGACGGCCAGGCCCCGAAAAAUACCGAAAAGAAGCAGAGGAAAUCAAGGAAAGCUCAACAAGAUGCUGCUGUCGCCAGUGCUAACCGCGAAUUCCCACCUCAGCCGAGCAUGAACUCGGUUGAGCUCUCUGUCAUCGACCCAGCCUUACUCCCGCCUGCUCAGCAACAAACGUCAGUCGAGCCCCCGGCUCAGAACACCCUGGAAGAGACAUCAGGUCGCAAGAAGUCCCGGAAAUCCGCAAAGUCACAAGCUGAUGCCACUACCCCAAUGGCCCAGGGGAUCGCUGUGGCGGACGCGCUUCUCGAGACACAGGCUCCUGGCGCGGCGAACGGCGUCAAUGGCAAUGCCCAUGGGACCGAGGUGACCGGCGAGAAAGCUUACAUUGAUCACCAGAAGAAGAAGCAGAAGCGCAAGCGCCAGGGCGACGAGGCUGCCGCCGCACAAACGGCCCAACAACCCGAUAGCGCCGAGCCGAAGUCCAAGAAACGCAAGAAGGCUUCCGAGAAGGAUGCGGGCACGAAGGGCGGGUCCGCUGCUGCGAGCGCCAAGGGCGCCAAACCCCAAGGAACCGAAGACUUUCCAUCGUCCGGACCGUAUACCAAAAAGGAAGUUGAAACGUUGACGCGUGCGAUCGAGGCGUAUCGCGAGUACAACGACCUCAGCCAAGCCCAAGUCAACGACAUUGUCCAGGCUGGCGUCUUCAACGAAGUGCACAGCAAGUCUUGCAAGGAAUUCUGGGACGAGAUUUGCCCGUGCCUCCCGAACCGCUGGUCGCGCGAGACGAUCAUCAAGUUUGUCCGUCGCAAAUGGCACAACUUUGAUAAGCGCGGCAAGUGGGACCCCGAAGAGGAUCAGAUGCUGAGGAUGGCGUACGCAAAGACGCCGGGUCAAUGGACGAAGAUUGGCGAAGCGGUCGGCCGUUUCGCGGAUGACUGCAGGGACAGGUGGCGGAACUACCUCUCUUGUAGUGAGACCAUGGCGAGCAAGAGGUGGCACGAUAGUGAAGUCAACGAACUUCUCAACGUCGUCCAGGACUGUCUCAACACGCUGCUCGAGAGACUACCGGAAGACAAGAAGAAUUACUGGCGCGAAGAGCUGCAGUCGACCGAGCAGAGGGGGAUCUGGAGGCCCGAUGAGAUUCGCAAUCUCGUUCGCAAGAUGCCCGACUGCAUGGACGCGUUGCGCACCGCGUUUGAGGAGAAGCACCCGCGCGAGAGCAAGCAGAAACGCGCCACGGAGAAGCGCCGGGGCUCGAGUGCCACUGAUGGCUCCGUAGUCAUCAACUGGGACCUUGUCAGCGAGAAGAUGGGCAAGAAGCGCAGUCGCCUGCAGAUCAUGUCUAAGUGGAAGGCUCUAGAGCAUUCGUAUAGCCAAGACCCCAAGGAGACGUUCUUCACCGAGGCCAAUCACUGGCGCGUCGAGAACGGCCAGAAGUGGGCGGAGCAGAUGCUGCCUGGCGACAAGUACAACAUUGUGCGCGCGAUGAUGGACCUCGGCCUCACGAACGAGGAGCGCAUCAUCUGGAACAGCGUCGCACACCACGAGCUGGUGAAGCUCAAGUGGGCUCAUCAAGCCAAGAUGACUUUUUUGAGCAUGAAGGAGCUCGUUCCGCCGCAGGAGAGCCUACCCCAGCUGCUGCAGUCCCUCAAGGACUACUUCGAGUUCAACCACGGCAGCGAGCUGGACAGCCACUGGCGGUACGAAGGCAGACCUGGCAGGGGAUCGCUAAAGUCGGUGACGAAGAGCCCUGGACCUCUUGACUGGCGCGGUCACAUGCGAGGAGAGUCCUCGUACAAAUCCAGCGCGCGGGUCACCGAUGACGACGAAGACGGGAUGGAAUAG